AUGAAGACUAAGAUUGCAAAUACUUCCAAAAAAGAGAAUUUAAAUUUUCAAAAUCAUAAGAUUGAUGGAUACAAUUAUGCGAUAGGACCAUGUCGCUUUCUUUUACGAUUACUUGGUGCUUGGCCUGAUUUUCAUUAUCAGAGGAGCUGGAUAUCAUUUAUAUGCAUUCUAAUAACAAUAAUUACCAUGUUACUGUUUUGUGUUAUUUCACAAUCAGUAAAAAUGUUUCUAUCUUGGAGAAAUUUCAAUCUAAUUAUAGAAAUUUUAAUCAACUGUAAUAUUCCUACGAUCAUCGCAACAACGAAAAUUUUUAGUAUUUGGUAUCAUAGAUACGUUUUAAAGGAUUUACUGCUUCAAAUUAUUGAAGAUUGGAAGAUGGUACAUGUUGAACAAGAAUUGAUAAUAAUGUGGACUAAUGCUAGGAUUAGCCGAAUUUUAUGUAUUGGGUGUAUUUUCAUGACUCAAGCAACACUUUUAUGCCAAUGUACUGUCGGUAUUUUUAAUAUUCUGUCUUAUAUUUCAAAUAUGAAUCCUAAUGAUACUAUGUCAAAACCUUUGUAUAUGGCGGGUUCAUUUCCUUACAAUGUUCAAGUAUUUCCAAAUUAUGAAUUAUCUAUAUUCGGCCAAAUACUUUCCAAUAUAUUUGCGUCAACUUCGUUUUCAUCUGUCGAUUCUUUUUUCAUUGUUCUUAUGUAUCAUCUUAUUGGGCAAUUGUCGCUUCUUAAAUUGGCAUUGUUCAAAUUACCAAAUAAAAUUGAAAAUGCAGAGGAUAAAAAAAUGUUUUUUGAUAAAUUUUCUUUACUUCAUAGGAGGCACAAUCAACUAUGCAGAUUUUCAAUGUCCAUAGAAGAGUCUUUUAAUAUGAUGUUUCUGAUACAAAUGGUACCUUGCUUUUUUGGUCUAUGUGUACUGCCUUAUAAACUCAUUCAGAUAAUUAGUGCCGACUAUAUAUCUAUUGUGGAAUUAAUUUUUGUUGUAUAUUUUUUCUUACUGUUUUUAUUUACUAAUUUUUUAUAUUGCUACAUUGCGGAAUUACUACAUGGAAAGAGCAUUGAAGUGAGUUAUGCAGUUUAUAAUUGUAAUUGGACUAUAUUACCGCCUAAGGAAGCAAGACUUUUCAUUUUCAUUCUAUUGCGAACACAAAUUCCUUUUGAAAUUACCAUAGGAAAAUUUACUACAUUUUCUCUACAAUUCUAUUGUCACAUUUUAAAGACAUCCGCUGGUUACUUGUCAAUGUUGCUUGCUGUGAGGAAUAGAAUGAAUUAUUGAAAUAUUAUAAAAAUCAUAAAUUCUAAACAUACUUCUAAACAUCAUUAUAUACUUAUCUUCAGUCUAGAUAAAUCUACGGCGGAUCAAGAUUUGAUAU